CACCCGACCCCCAACCCCCAUCCCCAGUGGGAGCCGCCGCCCGAGAGGCCGGGCCGUCGUCUUGGGAGGAGCCGCCGUCACCUCCGCCAUGGAGCUGAUCACCAUCCUCGAGAAGACCGUCUCUCCGGAUCGGCUGGAGCUGGAGGCAGCGCAGAAGUUCCUGGAGCGUGCGGCCGUGGAGAACCUGCCCACGUUUCUUGUGGAACUGUCCAGAGUGCUGGCAAAUCCAGGAAACAGUCAGGUUGCCAGAGUUGCAGCCGGUCUACAGAUCAAGAACUCUUUGACAUCGAAAGAUCCCGAUAUCAAGGCCCAGCACCAGCAGAGGUGGCUCGCCAUCGAUGCUAACGCUCGGCGGGAGGUCAAGAACUAUGUUUUGCAGACUUUGGGCACAGAAACCUACCGGCCUAGUUCAGCUUCACAGUGUGUGGCUGGCAUUGCUUGUGCAGAGAUCCCGGUGAACCAGUGGCCAGAACUCAUUCCUCAGCUGGUAGCCAAUGUCACAAACCCCAACAGCACAGAGCAUAUGAAAGAGUCCACAUUGGAAGCUAUUGGUUACAUUUGCCAAGAUAUAGACCCGGAGCAGCUACAGGAUAAAUCCAAUGAGAUCCUGACUGCCAUAAUACAGGGGAUGAGGAAGGAAGAGCCUAGUAACAAUGUGAAGCUGGCUGCUACCAAUGCACUCCUGAACUCGCUGGAGUUCACCAAGGCAAACUUUGACAAAGAGUCAGAACGGCACUUUAUCAUGCAAGUAGUCUGUGAAGCCACACAGUGUCCAGAUACAAGGGUACGAGUGGCUGCUUUACAGAAUCUAGUGAAGAUAAUGUCAUUGUAUUACCAGUACAUGGAGACAUAUAUGGGUCCUGCCCUUUUUGCAAUCACAAUUGAAGCGAUGAAAAGUGACAUUGAUGAGGUAGCUCUUCAAGGGAUAGAAUUUUGGUCCAAUGUCUGUGAUGAAGAAAUGGAUUUGGCCAUUGAGGCUUCAGAGGCAGCAGAACAAGGACGGCCUCCCGAGCACACCAGCAAAUUUUAUGCCAAGGGAGCACUACAGUAUCUGGUGCCCAUCCUCACACAGACGCUAACUAAACAGGAUGAAAACGAUGACGACGAUGACUGGAACCCUUGCAAAGCAGCUGGGGUGUGCCUCAUGCUUCUGUCCACCUGCUGUGAGGAUGACAUUGUGCCGCAUGUCCUUCCCUUUAUUAAAGAGCACAUCAAGAACCCUGACUGGCGGUACCGGGAUGCAGCAGUGAUGGCUUUUGGCAGUAUCUUGGAAGGACCAGAGCCUAAUCAGCUCAAACCAUUAGUGAUACAGGCUAUGCCCACUCUAAUAGAACUAAUGAAAGACCCCAGUGUAGUUGUUCGAGACACAACAGCAUGGACUGUGGGCAGGAUCUGCGAGCUGCUCCCUGAAGCUGCCAUCAAUGAUGUGUACUUGGCACCCCUGCUGCAGUGUCUGAUUGAGGGCCUCAGUGCUGAACCCAGAGUGGCUUCAAAUGUGUGCUGGGCUUUCUCCAGUCUGGCUGAAGCUGCUUAUGAAGCCGCAGAUAUAGCUGAGGAUCAAGAAGAGCCAGCCACCUAUUGUUUGUCUUCUUCCUUUGAACUCAUAGUUCAGAAGUUGCUGGAGACCACAGACAGACCAGAUGGACACCAGAACAACCUGAGAAGUUCUGCAUAUGAAUCUCUAAUGGAAAUUGUAAAAAACAGUGCCAAGGAUUGUUACCCUGCAGUGCAGAAAACCACCCUGGUCAUUAUGGAGCGACUGCAGCAAGUGCUUCAGAUGGAGUCCCAUAUCCAGAGCACAUCCGAUAGAAUCCAAUUUAAUGACCUCCAGUCUCUACUCUGCGCAACUCUUCAGAAUGUUCUCCGGAAAGUGCAGCAUCAAGAUGCUUUGCAGAUCUCUGAUGUGGUCAUGGCCUCCCUGUUAAGGAUGUUCCAAAGCACAGCUGGAUCUGGGGGAGUGCAAGAAGAUGCCCUGAUGGCAGUUAGCACACUGGUGGAAGUGUUGGGUGGGGAGUUCCUCAAGUACAUGGAGGCCUUUAAACCAUUCCUGGGCAUUGGAUUGAAAAAUUAUGCUGAGUACCAGGUGUGUUUGGCAGCUGUUGGCUUAGUUGGAGACUUGUGCCGAGCCCUGCAGUCUAACAUCUUACCUUUCUGUGAUGAGGUGAUGCAGCUGCUCCUGGAGAACUUGGGGAAUGAGAAUGUUCACAGGUCUGUGAAGCCACAGAUUCUGUCUGUGUUUGGUGAUAUUGCUCUUGCCAUUGGUGGAGAGUUUAAAAAAUACCUAGAGGUCGUAUUGAAUACUCUGCAGCAGGCCUCCCAAGCCCAGGUGGACAAGUCAGACUUUGACAUGGUGGAUUACCUGAAUGAGCUAAGAGAAAGCUGCUUGGAAGCUUACACGGGAAUCGUCCAGGGAUUGAAGGGAGAUCAGGAAAACGUACACCCGGAUGUAAUGCUGGUACAGCCCAGAGUAGAAUUUAUUUUGUCUUUUAUUGAUCACAUUGCUGGAGACGAGGAUCACACAGAUGGAGUCGUAGCCUGUGCUGCUGGACUGAUAGGAGACUUGUGUACAGCAUUUGGGAAGGAUGUACUGAAAUUAGUAGAAGCUAGGCCAAUGAUCCAUGAACUAUUAACUGAAGGACGGAGAUCGAAGACUAACAAAGCAAAGACCCUUGCUACGUGGGCAACAAAGGAACUGAGGAAACUGAAGAACCAAGCUUGAUCUGGUACCAUUGGGAUGAUGACCUGAGACCCCCACUGGAAAUCUCCAAUCUUUUGAAAAAACCCGGAAGUGAGGAGUGUGCACGGAUGCUGAAUGUUUGGGAAUGAGAGGAUGAGUGAGUGAGGCUUAAACACACCACAUUGAAAAUCCUGCCACAGCCGACAACAGCAGCGCUGUUAGUGAGCUAAGUAAGCACUGACUUUGUAGAAAAACAUAACAUCAGCCAUCUUGGAACAGAGAAACAAUGGAUUUACUUACUUAUUAAAAACAAAAAACGCUGUCUCUUCCCGGGGAAGGCUAGAAGUAGCCUUCCUGUUUUGGCCGGUGCCGAAUGGGAUGACUGGUUUGGGAGAGGAGGACCUGGGUUUAGCUGUGGGGCUGUGUUGUGAAAGGCAGCCAGGUCCCUGCUACUGAGGAGAAAGAUGGAGCCCGGGUCUUGAGCCCACCUUCACGGUACCAUUGCAUUUGGUACUGUCUAUGUGCCGGUUAGAAGGCGCGUGGGGGAUUUCAGUCUGCGAAUGAGUGUGUGUGAGUGAGGCGGUACCCACAUUCUCAACUUCAAGUCAUUGCAGUUUCUUUUUCCCAGAAAACAAAGGGGUUGAUGUUGCAUUUCAUAAACUAACUGAUGUUCUGGCUACUGAUGCAGCACAAGAGAUGUGUUUAACAAAAAAAAUGAGGAAAGACGCUCUUUAGGUUUGGUUUGGUUUCAUUUUUAAUUAUUCUAGGGAAAACACUGACGAAUGGUCAGAGCUCCUGUCCUGAUCUUUUCAUCAAGGCGCCUUUCCUGAUGAUAUGGUUCCGCUGUGAAUGUAGCUGUGGGGGGAGGGGGGAGAAAAAGAAAACUCUGGAGUUAGAGGAUAUAGAAAAAUAAAAGUACAGUUGUUACAGACACAAUGCAGACUUCAAAGACAGAAAAAGCCACAACUCAAACCAAAAUUUUUAAAUGCUUGAAAAUUGGCAUCACAAACAAGCUUUCUCCCGACUUAUAUUGUGGCAGUCUGAAUGCCCCAGAAAACUGUGCCAAAGAGUUUAGAAAACAAAUGUACAAUAAAAGUAAAUACGCACUCAAAACCGCAAACUUGAGGUAACUAUUUUGAAUUGCAAAUGACAAAAAUUUAAUGUUGGACGAUCUGAUAAAAUAACCGUUUGGAAACUGCUUGGCCUUCUGUUCUUUUCUCUGAUUGACUGCAAUGCGGUGUUGGUCUCUUGCUGCACUUCAAAACCAACUAACCAGUAAGACAGUGUGUGUGUAUCCGUAUACACACACACUAACUACAACUGUUGUGAUAAGAAUGGCACUAGGAAAAAGGUUCUAUUUUUCCAUUGAAGUUGAAGAUUAAUAAAAUGGUGUCAAACAUU